AUGUCUCGCGUCAAGUUCAACGUCAACACUGAAUACGCCUAUCUGCAGAACUUCAAGAUUCUUCAGAAUGUGUUUGCCCGCCACCAGAUCGAGAAGCCCAUUCCUGUCCAGCAACUUUCGAAAUGCCGCAUGCAAGACAACCUGGAGUUCCUCCAGUGGACCAAGAAAUUCUGGGAUCAGCACUACCCCGGUGGUGACUACGAUGCUGUGGGCCGUCGCAAGGCCUCUGGGGCUCCCCCUGUCUCGGCCGGUGCGCCUCGCGCGGGUGCCGGCUCUGCAGGAGCGACCCGCCGUGGCACGACCCCGACCCUUGGGGCUCGUCCGCGGGCGGCGGGCGGUGGUGUUUCCCCCAGCACGGUGGCCCUGCAGAAUGAGAUCAACAGCCAGAAGGAGGCGAUUGCGGGACUAGAGAAGGAGCGCGAUUUCUAUUUCGCCAAGCUACGGGACAUUGAAUUGCUGCUGCAGAGCGCCAUUGAGCAGGACCCGGAGCUGGAGAAGGAGGAAGACUCGCUGGUGAAGCACAUCCAGGGAAUCCUGUACUCGACGGAGGAAGGAUUUGAGAUCCCCGCCGAGGCCGAGGAGGGCGCCGCCGAAGAACUGGAGACCUUCUGA